GGAGCAAUACUAGGUGCAGCGACAACCAACAGAGCCAUGGUGAGUUCUUGGGUCCAGGAAUCUAGACAUCUGGGGCCCAGUCAUAAGAGAGGAUCCCCAAAUCAAACUGAACCACAGACAAGGAAUAUGUGGGUUUUGCUGCCCUCCCCAACCAGCUGCACCGCAAGUCUGUCAAGAAGGGGUUUGACUUCACCCUCAUGGUGGCAGGCGAGUCAGGCCUCGGGAAAUCCACCCUCAUCAACAGCUUGUUCCUCACCAACCUCUAUGAAGAUCGGCAGGUGCCCGAUGCCAGUGCACGAACCACACAAACUCUGACCAUCGAGCGCCGGGGCGUGGAGAUCGAGGAGGGAGGCAUCAAAGUGAAGCUGACCUUGGUGGACACGCCUGGCUUUGGGGACUCUGUGGACUGCUCAGACUGCUGGCUGCCCGUGGUCCGAUUCAUUGAGGAGCAGUUUGAGCAGUACCUCAGGGACGAGAGCGGCCUCAACAGGAAAAACAUCCAGGACUCCAGAGUGCACUGCUGCCUCUACUUCAUCUCACCCUUCGGCAGAGGGCUCCGACCCCUCGAUGUGGCUUUCCUCCGGGCAGUGCACGAGAAGGUCAAUGUUAUCCCGGUCAUCGGCAAAGCAGAUGCCCUGAUGCCUAGGGAAACUCAGGUUCUCAAGCAGAAGAUCCGGGACCAGUUGAAGGAGGAGGAGAUCAACAUCUACCAGUUCCCAGAAUGUGACUCUGAUGAAGAUGAAGAAUUCAAGAAGCAGAACGAAGAGAUGAAGGGAAGCAUUCCUUUCGCGGUGGUUGGUUCAUGUGACGUGGUGAGGGAUGGUGGAACCCGACCAGUGAGGGGACGCCGCUAUUCCUGGGGUACCGUGGAGGUGGAGAACCCACAUCACUGCGAUUUCCUAAACCUGAGGCGGAUGCUGGUACAGACCCACCUUCAGGACUUGAAAGAGGUGACCCACGAUCUGCUCUACGAGGGCUAUCGGGCUCGCUGCCUACAGAGUCUGGCUCGACCGGGGGCCCGGGAUCGAACCAGCCGCAGCAAGCUUUCCCGGCAGAGUGCCACAGAGAUCCCACUGCCCAUACUGCCUCUAGCCGACACUGAGAAGUUGAUUCGCGAGAAAGACGAAGAGCUGCGCCGCAUGCAAGAAAUGCUGGAGAAGAUGCAAGCUCAGAUGCAGCAGAACCAGGCUCAGGGCGAGCAGUCAGACUCGCUGUGAGAUCCUCUCCGCCGCCCAACCUAGCAUCUGCUCACCGCCAAUCUCCGGUCCCAUCUGGCUCUAGACUGCCCAGCGUCCUAUCUAGGAUAGGUCCUAUCCUAGACCUAGAGGGUAGGCCCGCCCUUGCACUUGAAACAGGUCCCUCCAAUCCGGAAGUCUGUAGCCCCGCCCAACUCCGCCCUCCGCGCUGUUCUGAGCCGCCCUCCGACUCCUGAUGGCGGGUUCCACUUAGGGUAUCCCUGUUCCUCUAAAUUCUCCAUCUAAUAAAAACUGCUUACCCCACCCCA